AUGGCAGAUCUCCUUUACGACCUGCUGUCCCCUUCCUCAGGGGAUCCAUCCUCGAGGCCGGCACCCGAUCCAAGCUCCCUCGAGUAUCUAACCAGUCUCUCAUCACAACCCCUCACAGCCCUGGAGACAACCGAGCCACAAGCACUCGCCCAGACAUCACACGGCCUCCUCCUCUCCAUCCAGUCUCUUUCCAAAAAGUCUCACAAGCAAGUCAUCGAAUCAGCAACCCACCACUCCACCCUCCGAACCAGCCUACCUGCCCUAGCCGCUAGCACCGCCGACCUACGACAUUCCAUCCCCAAGCUCGAUCAUGAAGCCGUCCGCUUUUCGACCAACUACAGUAAAUCCAGCGAAAGUGAUGUCCUUCUCCGACGCAAGAAGGCGCUUUUGCUCUCUCGAAAUGUUGAGCGGCUCGUCGACGUGCUGGAGCUGCCCAACCUUCUCUCGACAGCCAUCUCCACCGCUCCCGUCAACUACUCAUCUGCCCUCGAUCUGAAUGGCCACAUUCGCCGUCUCCACUCCCUUUACCCAGACUCACCCCUCGUCACCUCCAUCGCCGCCCAGGCCGACGAAGCUAUGCGCACCAUGGCCGCCAACCUCAUCCAAAGUCUCAAGUCCCCAGGUCUCAAACUGGCUGCUUCGUUACGCACAAUCAGUUGGCUGCGUCGCGUCUUGCCGGACCUGGAAGCCGCCGGCACAAGCAAGGGACACGACUCCCAGGAACGGGUGCUCGGCGCCCUCUUCCUAGUCUGCCGACUAACGACGCUGGUGAACAUGCUCGACGCUCUGGAACCGUUACGCGACUUGGCAGACCAAGAAAAGGCAAGGCAAAAAGCGAUUGGGAGUGGGAACGCGUGGUCCGGCGGUCAGCAAACGGAGCGGUAUCUCAAACGCUACAUUGAGAUCUUCCGUGAGCAGAGUUUCGCGAUUGUGAGCAUGUUUAGGAGCAUAUUCCCUCCUGCUGCCCCAACGGGGAAUGGAAAGGAGGGUUCUGAUGAUCCGUCAAAGCAAGAAGAUGCGCUGGAACCGAUGCCGGCUGCGUUGGCGACGUUUCCGCUGCAUUUGGUGGAUAUGUUGUUGGAGACACUGAGACUGUAUCUGCCAACGGUGAAGGACCAGGCGUCGAGGGAUAGUCUGCUGACGCAGGUACUCUACUGUGCCGGCAGCUUGGGAAGGCUGGGAGGUGACUUUGGGCUGUUUUUGGCUAGUCUAGAUCUGGGGCCGGAAGCGGAGGAAGAGUGGGUGGAGGUUGUGAAGAGACAUCGGGCUCUGGCUGGGAGGCUGGAGUCGAUUGUUGGCGAUCAGAAGAAGUAA